UUCUCGAGGUCACCGAGUCGUGCCGUGCCCGAGUGUGUCCGACUAGAUAUAGGUGAGGAUGUCGGCGAAAGGUGGAAGGAGCCGUCGCUUGGAGGGAAACGAUGGACCAGCGCCGAUUAGGAUAGUCAGUACUUUGUCGAUCUUCUCGUCGCUGAAACGACGGGCCACUUUUGCUGUGCGGAAAAAUUCCACGUAAACGACUCUUCCGCAUCGAAGCAAGGAAGGAAGGAUCCAUCGGAGGAUUCUACGGGAUACGAGCUGAUAGAUCGGACUCGCUCGCGACAAGAAACAACUUUCGUGCGAAAGCUUGGGGAUUGUCAAGUGCGAUUCGCGUCCGCAGGACAGCAGCGUGUAAUAACGCGAACCCGCGCAAAUCCCGCGAUCCGAUGGGAACUUUUUUCCCAAGGCACCACAGGUUGUCUCGUUAAGCCGCGAGAGCGAGAUGCGAACGAGCACAAAGGCCAAGCAACAUUAUUGAAUCCUAGGUGAGGGAUUCAAUGCAAAGACCGAGGGACGCGCGGGAGCGCGGGUGUGUCGCAAGAAGGCACCCUUUGUGUCGUCGCCAAGUCUGAGUCCAGGAGUCGGGGAUUUUAUCCAGCCGACAAUGAUCGGCUUAUCAAUGUUCAGUUGGCGCGUACAUCUGGUGAGGAAACGCCGCGAGUAAAAGAGACACUGAAGUCGUCGACACCUGCGGCGGCGGUGCUGCUCGAUCUCUCGCCCUCGACGAGCUGUCGGGGAUCGGCGGGUGGACGCGGCGGCGGCGGUCUCCGUCUCCCUCUUUCUCUUACGAUCGAAAUUAUAUGACGAAUUACAUCGUGGAUCUAGAUUUAUCAACAGAAACGUAAUGAGAUAACGUCGUAACGCCGUCGAAAACGGAACGAGCAUAACAGAGCGCGCGCGCGCGCGCGCGCGCCAGCGUUCUUCCCGAUGCUACGACACGUGAGCGCCGUUACGCCGGAUGAACCGAGGACGAUUCACAGGUGACACGAGCAGCCCCCGAUCUGCUUUCACCGCCGCGGUGAAAACGUGCUCGAUGUGCCGGAAAAGCUCUGACAUCGCACGUGGCCGCGAUCCGCCGCGGCCGGAUCGAUUGUCGUUUCGCCGAUGCGGAGGAGUCCUGCCCGUCCUCCUGCUAAUCGGGACGUUGGUGGGUUGCGACGCCGGAGGUAACGGUAUGCCAGAUGUUUAUAGGAUACUCGGAGGUGCCAGAACGCGCCACGCGGAUUACGAUUAUUCUAUGAAUGAUAUAGAAGACGCAGGGAAGCAGGGGGAUCUUUAUGUCGGUCGCAGCGGCGACCCGUGGAGUGCCUCCUCGAUUCGCAAUUACGAGAAAGAUAUUCUCCUGCGCGUGCCGUCGUCGCCGAACGACACGAAGGCAUUACCUGUCGCAAGCGGCGUCAAGGAAACAUCUACUCGUAUGAGAUUCAAAAGAGGAGUGAUACAUCUUUAUAACAUGGUGGUGUGCGCCACAGGAUGUAAUCCCUUGGCCUACAAAGGAUACGGUUGUUACUGCGGAUUCCUAGGUUCCGGCUACGUCAUCGACGGUAUCGACCAGUGCUGCAAGAUGCACGAUUGGUGUUACGACGCUACGGAAUGCCCGAUGUUCUCGGAGUACUUCGUACCGUAUUACUGGAGAUGUUAUCGCGGUUACAAACCCGUUUGCGCCAUUGAACACGGCGACUGGGGAGGAUCUGGAUCUUGCGCUCAACGUUUGUGUGAAUGCGAUCGUUCGUUAGCCGAGUGCUUGAAGCGAUAUCCUUGCCCUACUACCAAAGCAGUUUGUACCUCGUCGCCUUGGAGACUCGUGCAGAACAUCUUCAUGAUUAUUUGAAUAUGCCGCUUAUAUUGAAAAUAGCACGUUCAAUUUUCGUAGUCAAAUUUCCAAGUGCGUUAAAAUCGUUUUGUUUCGGUAAUUUAACACAAUUUUUCGAUAAUUUAGUUCCAUUUUCACGAUAAACGUGAGUAUCAUGGACUAAGGGCAGACAAUACUAGAUAAUGCCAAAGAGAAUGCUGACCGUAUCAGCUAGCGUUUUCUACGCAUAAAACGAAUUAUGUUAAAAUUUAUCAACAAUUAUCACUGUACUAUGGUCGUUAAAUUUAUCUUGUUUCCCGUUACAUCCUUUGUCUUCCUCUGCCAAUUGAAUGGACGUGCACAAUAGUGAGAGAUCGUAUAGUAUGUUUUAUACAACAAUAAGUCCUAUACUUUGCUCAUACUGUUUUAAUCAAAGAGUCAUACACAUUAAACGCAUCCUUCAUUUAAUCAA